AUGACCUGCAGUGUGUCGUCGACGGCUCCCGAACGACCGCCUCCGGGAACAUCAGCCAGACCCAAACUGACACUGCAAACCACGGCGCUACCGCGAACCUUUGGCACCUCGUCCACGAGUCUCUCCCUCUCGCUGGCUACUGGUCCGACUGCAUCCCCCACUGUCCGAAAUACCUUCAAGAAUGCCUACGAGAACGCAUUCCCGUCCUCUGCAACCGCCUCUCCAUCCAAAUCCUCCUCUACCCACCGAUGGAGCAAGCCCUCGUCGCCAUAUCCUUCCCACGGCCCAAACAACCCCUACCAGCUGCCUCUGGGGGUCAAGAGUAUCCUGCGGAACUCGCCGUUGGAGCCCACAUGUCGCGUUCGAUCCGCGUCGGUAGCAGCGAAUAGUGCCACCGGAGGAACGGGAUCGCGAUGGAUGUUCUUCCCCGCAAAGAAGCAGGUCAACUAUCGACAGCCCCUCGAAGAGGAGAUCAAGACCGUACGCUAUACUGCACGACACUCCGAUCUCGUCGUGGAGUCGAAUGUUGAGCCGCACGACGCCAGCUCCGACGAGGACACGGAUUCCAGCUCCAGCCUGGCACCGUCGGAUGAAAGCACUACCUCGGACGACGAGAAUCCCAGAACCGACACAAACCACGCCUCUAUAUCUUCAUUCGAACGGAAGAAGCGAAAACACCUGAGUGCGGAAAAACAGGUGCGAGCUGUGGCCCUACUGGAUGGACUCGAGGAAGCCUACGGCUCGACUACCCCUCAGACUCCCCGGCAGCGUCGCAUCAAGCGUCGCUGUGAAUGGCGGUGGACGUUGGGUCCUCUGGAAAUCCGCACCGAAAAUGCACAGCCUUCUGCACCACAGGACAAUACUACUAUGACGACGACGACGACGUCGACGUCGACACCGGCGGGGCCGGUGUUGUCGAGCGCGGAUGCGAAAUGGGCCGAGCGAGAUGUGGACAGCCCUGCAUCUUGGGGCUCGGACCUUCUCUCUGCCUCAAGUACGUCGCAAGCACACUCCAGUCCUAGUUCGUCGGUUGCCUCGGAUUUGGCGGACAAGAAUGACGAGUUCUGGAAGAUCACGAGUCACGAACCUGAACGUGCAUAUGUCGAUCCAUCUGAAUAG